AUGCAGCGGAAGUACGCGAUCUUUGAGGCAAUCCGGUCCGGCGACCUACGCCUUGUCCGCGCCGAGCUCACAGCGACACCGGCUUGCGUCUAUGAAAAAUCAAUUACGGGAGCGUUGCCGUACGAAGUGGCGGUGGACUGCCAUCGCUGGGACAUGGUUUUGGCGCUACUGCAGCACGACCCCAACCAGCUCGCACCGACCAAAAGCCCGUGCCUCCUCGCCGCCGCCAUCACCCAGAGCGUACCCGAGUCGGUCUUGAUCGAGAUCGUUCUUGCCGCGCCCGACCACGUGUGUCAGCCGCUCGACGACCUCUUGCAGAAGCGAACCGAGUACCCGAUCCAUGCGGUCAUUGCCGCCGGCCUCUCGGACACUCUCGACGUCAUCUUGCUCCACUGCCCGCACCAACUCGCCAUCUGUGACGACGACGGCAACUCGCUCGCGCACUUGAUCUGUCAGUCCUCCACCUUGUCGCUGUCCGUGGUGGCCACGCUCGCCGCGCUCCGGCCGCGUCUCUUGCAAGCGAUCACGACCAAUGACGACAACCAGACGCCGCUCCACUGCGCCAUCGAGAGCCGUUGCGCAUCGCCCGCCAUGCUGGCGUCGUUUCAAGCCGCGCACUCUGGUGAAAAUCACACAUCCAUCUGCUUGGUGCGAGACCGACAAGGCUAUCUACCACUGCACGUUGCGAUGGCCGAGCGCCAGUGGACUACGAUGGCCGCGCUCGCAACCUGGUGCCCCGAGACCGUCGCCGAGACCGACCCCGUUGGAGACCUCCCGAUCCACGUCGCUGCUGCGUAUCGGCAAUGGGACCUCGUUGAGACGCUCGUGCAGCUGGCACCGGCCACGGCAUCGCGUCGGGACCGGCUUGGUCGGUCGCUUCUCGCCGUCGCUCUCGGUGGGCAAGCGUGGCACUGCGCCAAGAUCCUCGUCGGGCUCGAAUUGGACCCGCUCCCGACCUACGACGUCGAUGUCGUCAUCCAGUUUGAGCAGUGGGAUCUAGCCGCGAUGCUCUUGUACGCGAUGCGCGAGCCGUUGGUCGAUCCCCAGCACACGCUGUACCUCUGCUGCAAGUAUGGCGCGCCGUCGUACAUUCUCGGGGCCGUCGCGCCCACCGUCGCUACCAUCGAAGCCAUCAAGCCGCUCGACAUUGCGCUCAAGCACAAGCAUUGGGAGACUGCCGCGUGUGUCUUAUCGCUGCACGUAGCGAGCGCCCGCAUCAAGAACGCAACGCGGCUCUUGCCACUGCAAGUCGCGGUUGCUCAAGAGGCGCCACCGUGGCUGCUCCAGCGACUCGCAUCCGCCUAUCCCAGCGCCGCGCUCUGUGUCGAUGCCCGAGGCAAUCCGCUCGUGCACGUCAUGAGCUUACGCCAGCGAUGGGCCUGCGUCAGUGCGCUACUGGAGGCGUCGCCGCGCGUCGCCGACACGCGCGACGCUCUCGGGUUCUCGCUGCUCGAGCGCUUGAUUGAACGCAUGGCGCCAGCGACAGUGCUGCUCUGUGCGCUUGCCGCUUCGCCGUUCACGUGUUCGACCAAAGGCAUCUGGUGCUUGGCAUCCGUCCUGCAACACUAUGCACUCGCGUUGACGGGGCACGACCUUGACACCCUCACAGCGACCGUGGCCAGCCGGUCGUUCGCCGACAGCGCGGGUAACUCGGCGCUACACGUGGCCGUUCUGUCUGGCAACGUGCUCUUUUGUCGGUCGCUGCUGCGACGCGCCAACAACAUCUUCCUUCGCAACGCCGACGGCCACUCGCCGCACGCGCUCGCAAUGCAAUCGUCAAGUCUCGAGCUGCGCCGACUCUUUGAGCCCCUCGACGGCUCAGCUGGUGGCCUCCCAAACGAGUGGCUGUCGUCUACAGACUGUGAUGGGAAGACGCCGCUCGACCACGCGAUAUCGGCGGGCGCCUUGCGCGUCGUACAGUGGAUGCUGCAAAGAGGCGGCAUUGCGUCCACGCCCAUCGAGCGGCUGUCACCACACUCGGACGUGCCGCUGCCAACGCAAGCCGCGAUCCGCGCCGAGCUCACUGCUGCGCAGCACAGUCGCCUUGUGCUCCAUGGAAGAUACCUUAUCGAAGCCAUGCCGACUGACAACUCUGACGAUACCGUCAUGGUGACACGCGCGCUCGACCUGCUCUCGGGAGCGUACGUGCAACUCCGGGGAUAUCAAGCGGCCGAUACAUGUCACGCAGAGUGUGCGCACGUUCAAAGUGUCCAACGCCAGUCGCAGCGCAUCUUGGGUGUACUCGAUGCCUUCAGCGACAAGGGCAUCUACUACGCGGUCGUCUCGCAUGGCGUCGCGCCGCUGCGCACAAUCGCAGAACGCUCAAGUACCCAGCGGCAUGACAUUGCGUCCUCGCUCGUGCAGGCCAUCUACGAUCUGCACAUCCAAGCCAAAUGUGUCGCGUUAGCUCUGGCAGCCGAGAGCUUUCUCGAGACGAGCAGCUACGAGUACCAGCUCACGGAUGCCCUUGCGUGCGUCCCAAUGGAUGAGGCAGUCGCGAUCCCACGGCUCUGGACACUCUACGCUACGGCGUCAAAGCGACAGUACAUGAGUCCCUGCCUCGCUCGUCAACUGCUCCCAGUGCCCACCACGGAGAGCGCGGACGAAGGAAUCGUCGUCACACCGUCCGACAAUCUCUGGGGCCUCGGUGUCAUACUCUACGAGCUUUGGAGUGGCGCGCCGUGGCUUGAAGACCUUGAUGCGAACCUCUUCUCGGCGAUGCACGCGAUAGCGCGCCAGGCCGACGACGAGCCGAGCGCCAUCGAAACCAAAGUGUGUGCGCGCGGUCUCUCGACAGCGAUGAACCACGUGUUGUUGCAAAUGCUGCUUCCAUCGUCGCCCGGUAGCAUAACUCGCAUUCUGCACCUCGAGUACUUUGCAUCGACGCCAAACGCAUCGGCACUGCCGACCGAGCUCGACGCGGACCCAGCAGACGCAACGACGCCGACGAUGCUGCAGCGCUACUCGUCGCACGAGCUCGUCGCCCUCGCUCUCGAGUCGCACCGCCAGCAGUUUUCCAAGGCCUUGCAGCAGCAAGAAGACCAUGUCAGAGUCGUCGCCAAGACGGAGCGAAAGCUCCAGAAGCUCCAACUCGACCUCGCAACCGCCAUGGAGCGCAAGGCCGACGCCGUGUCGGCCCAACUCAGCGCGUUGGAGUCGACGCUGGCACAGCAGCGCGUCGCGUUGGCAGAGCCUGUCUCGUCUCUCCCACCAUCAAACCCUGUAGUCGAUGUUGCACCCUCCGAUGCGGUCAAGAAUGCCCCGAAUACCAACUGUGUGAGCACCGAAGAGCACAUCUGUGCGAGUUAUGUCGGGCUGCGCGUGCGCAAGGCGUUUGAGGACGGCAACGUGUACCAUGGAUCGGUUGGCUCGCUGCGGUUUGUGGGUCCGCCUAGCCGGCAAAGUGCGCUCUGGACCAUCGAGUACGACGACGGGGACAGCGAAGACGUUGCAGCCGACGAGCUCGAAGGCCUUCUGCUCGCGCCAUUGUCGCUACCAGUUCUUAUCCCACGCAAGAAGCCACGUCUGCGCGGCCACUUUGCCAAGGACGCCCCACCGAUCGGUCGGGUCGUCUGGCUUCUCGCGCAUACAAAGCUGGUGGCGACGGGUGUCGUGUGCUCACCGCCCACCGCACUGCACGUGUCCUCCGACUGCGUCGCGCUCGUCGUUCGCAAGUACUUUGCAGGUGCCGAGAGCUAUUGA